UCUGCUGCACUUUCUAGAUGUUUCUGUAAAGCUCUGACUAUCAGCACAUAUGAACCGGAUUGUAAAGGCCGUAGACAGUAGCAGCAGAGACAGGAGUAUGAAGGUUUUACAGCAGGAGUCGAAAUCGUGUCCAGUCACAUAAACAAGCUUCGUAUUCAUUUUGAUUCUCUGGAACGCAUACUUCUAGAGAUUCGGCUCAGUAAACCGAGUCCUAUCUCGUUCUACUAUAAAGGGCGCAGCGUCCUGCGUGGUGACGUCACGCAGCAGCAGCAGCAGCGGCGGCGGCGAGCGGCUCUGGGACCGGGACAGGGAUCAGGUACAGGGACGGACGCUAAGCUGGUGCUGGGAACGACCUGGAGGAUAGUGAUGCUCCUUUUUAAUCCUUUUCGCAAGAAACCCAUGACUGAGCAGCACCCAUGACGCCAAACGGAGCCGAAGGGCGGAACGAGGAGCGCGAGGAUGGUGUACUGGCGCGUGGGUUUGGCGUGGAGCCGGUCGUGCGCGCUCGAUCUCGGCCACAACAAAAGUUUCUUCCCCUUCGGUCUCUGUAGCUCGGACGAGCAGCUUUCGUUUUAUGGCUACGUCAUCGCGUACCCGCUGCAGGACUACGGCGGCAUCAUGGCGGCCCUGGGCACGGAUUCGUGGUGGCGGAAGGCGCUGUACAUCACCGGGGGCGCGCUGCUCGCCGCCGCUGCUUAUUUACUGCACGAGCUGCUCGUCGUCAGGAAAGAGCAAGAACUGGAUUCCAAAGACACCAUCAUCCUGCACCAAUUUUCCAGGCCCAAGAACGGUGUUCCCAGCUUGUCCCCUUUUUGCCUCAAGAUGGAGACUUACCUCCGAAUGGUAGACCUGCCUUACCAGAACUACUUCGACGGGAAGCUUUCUCCUCAGGGGAAGAUGCCGUGGAUCGAGUACAACCAGGAGCAGGUGAGCGGCUCUGAGUUCAUCAUUGACUUCCUGGAGGAGAAACUGGGAGUGAACCUGAACAGCAACCUGAGUCCUGAGGAGCGAGCCAUGUCACGGGCCAUCACCAAAAUGGUGGAAGAGCAUUUCUACUGGACAAUAGCCUACUGUCAAUGGGUUGAUAACCUGGAGGAGACUAAGAAGAUGCUGGCAGUGACUGGGCCACUGAGCGACCUGCUAAAGUGGAUCCUGAGUCAUGUUAAUGGAGGCAUUGUGAAGAGAGAGAUGUAUGGCCAUGGCAUUGGGCGCUUCACUAAAGAGGAAAUCUACACGCUGAUGGAAAAGGACAUGCGCACCCUGGCUACUCUGCUCGGAGAUAAAAAGUACAUCAUGGGCCCCAAAGUCUCCACGGUUGACGCUACAGUAUUUGGUCACCUUGCCCAGGCCAUGUGGACGUUGGGCGGCACGCGGCCGGAGCAACUCAUUAAAGGUGAGUUCAUUAAUCUAGCCAUGUACUGCGAGCGCAUCCGGAGGAAAUUUUGGCCCGAGUGGUUUGUGGAUGUCGAUGACUUGUACUAUGAUGGCUUGAGUGAAGAGCCUCACUCUCCAUCUCAGCUGCUGGACCUGGGCCUGUUCUCUCACACUGAUGGUUUCCAGGAGGAACCCAGCAGCCUCUCACACUCCUACACAACACACUCUCUGGACAGCGACCGCACCGGACACUCCCUCUUCGACUCCGACAUGGACGGCGAGUACUCUGAGACGGAGCAGGUCAAGUGCUAACUGCUUCGUCCGUCACGAUGCCACAUCUCGGGCAUAUCUGUCCUUCAUCAGUCCUCUCUCAGUAAGGAUAGAGUUCUCCCCUCUGAGGAGGACACGGACGGGGCUCCCGAAUAUCCUGCCUGCACAAAAGGGACAUGUCCAACAAGGGAAGCAUGAAAGGUGUGCAAUAUCAUCAGUGACAACGAGAAAGCUAAUAAACCUCACGUUUACCUGCAAGUAGGGCUGGGUAAGAUGGUAUAUUAUAGUAUGAUCUCGACAUGUGUGACCUGCGUCACAUGACAUAGCUGAUUGGACAGAAAUUAUCUAUAUAUUUUUGUACCAAAGUUUCACCUUCUAUUUCCUUUUUUUUUUUUUUUGUUUUUUUUUUUUUUUUAGAUUUUUUUUAGACUACAAAUGAAAUAUUGCAUUACAAUUUAACAGCCAUUUUGUUAACCAAACCAGAUGCCAUGCUGUGUAUUGCAGAUGUCCUCAGAUAUCUUGAUGUCAUAUUUUGCCCAACCCUACUUGCAAGGAAAUACAUAGGAGGUUGUAUAUCUUCAGAAAAACGAAAGGGGUAGGAAAGAAAGAACGAAAGAAAGAAAGAAAGAAAGAAAGAAAGAAAGAAAGAAAGAAAGAAAGAAAGAAAGAAAGAAAGAACGUCAAAUCAUCAAGCAAGGGAAUGAUUAAAAAAAAUUGAGCCGGAGAGAAACCUGAGGGAGUGAAUGACGCCACUGCUGAAUAGUUCCCUCCGUCGUGUCAGAUCGCUGCUCCUCAUCAUCCUCUUGCCAUGUUGAAAAAAAAAUCGAUAUUGGGUAUCGAGAGCGUUCGAUACGUUUUACUUUUCACCGUUCAUGUCACCCAGGCUUGUCGUACUAGUAGCAGAUACUGACCAACACUUUUGUCCCUUUAAACAUCAACAACAACAACAACAACAACAACAACAACAACAACAACAACGUCAUAUUUGGACUUUUAUACAAAUGGAAAGAAAACCUACAACAAUCAGAAUAGAGCAACAUGAAGGAAGUGUUUGUGUUCAUGAAGUGUUCACAUAUACUGUAUAUACAUACAUACAUAUAUAUAUAUAUGUGUGUGUGUGUGUGUGUGUGUGUGUGUAUGUAUGUGUGUGUGUGUGUGAUAAAGAUGUGUUUUUUCUAUUAACAAAUUAAUCACUUUGGAAAUUUCUCGAACUCGUCUUAAGACCCUCUGACAUCUGGCUGACUCUCUUCAUGUUUGUCUACGUGUGUGUGUGUGUCCUAGUCGAUGCAUGCACGAGCUGUUCAAUAGAACUAAAAUCUAAAUCACGAAAAGGGACCAAAGGGAAUCGGUUUGUUUGUUUGUUGUAAUGAGUUUCCACACGGGUAAGUAUAAGAUUUCGGUGACGUUUCGUAUGAACGGAUCAUUUGAUUAGAUUUACACUGGGUAAAUUAGUGACCAGCAGUGUCGUGUAGAAAUCUCUCUAGAUCACAUUAGUUGUAAUUGUCUGUGUUUUGACCGAGUGACUAAUGCAUGUGUUUGUCAAAAAGCAGACACUUGUACUGCGUGUUCAAGACCAUCAUUUAAGACACUAUUAAGAUUCCUUGAGUUUGAAUUAGACUUGUUUUGAACACAUCUGUUUUAAAAAGUACAUGGUGUACUGAUAUAUGUUUAAGUCACGUGUGCAGGAGACUCUAGAACUGUUGCAUCGCAGACAAACUUUCCCGCGUUAGCAGUUAGUGUCAUCGUUGUGUUUUCUCUUCUCUAGAGACACGUGAUUUAUGUGACGUGAAAACCUCGAUUAAGCCCUAGUGAUUUUACUGUGGAAAUUCAAGGUACAUGGUACAGGAUAGUGAAGGAUAAUUUGUGUGUGUGUGUGUGUGUGUGUGUGUGUGUGUGUGUGUGUGUGUGUGUGUGUGUGUGUGUGUGUGUGUGUGUGUGUGUGUGUGUGUGUCCAUCUGGUGCAUGAAUGAGUCAUAGUCAUGCAUGAAUACACAUACUAUUGAGGCAGUUGUCUCGUGGGUAUCUUACACACCCAUUGAUUCUGUAACCUCUGCACUGCAGAGACCUGAACAGUGAGUGCAGUUUACACACAAACAUACACAAACACACACACACACACACACACACACACACACACACACACACACACACACACACACACACACACACAUACAUGCACAUACAUACACACACACUCAAUGAUAAAUAUGGCACUGUAACUGUGCUUCGAAUAAUAGAUAUGUGCGUUUGUGUGUUAUGAAUAUUUAAACGGCAUUAUUGUGGCAUUGAUUACUUACUGUGUCAAAUAAGCAACACACUCAGAACUUAACCAAGACCUUUGUUUACUGGACACAUGGCUGUUUUAUACCAUGACUAGUACACUACAGCCUGGGUUUCUUUUUUCUCAAGUGUGUCUCUUUGUUUUGCCUGUUUUGUUUUUUCUCUAUUGCAGAUCCCUUCUCUCUCUCUCUCUCUCUCUCUCUCUCUCUCUCUCUCUCUCUCUGUGUGUGUGUGUGUGCUCGCUGCAGUGUAUUUCAGCAUUGAGAGAUACACAGCCUUUGAAUAUACAGUAGUCGCACAUCUCCAAUCUUGUGCCUGAUGCAACUGACAUCAUUAUUUCUGUUUCUCUUAUAUAUUGUUUAUCAUUAAUGUAUUAAUGUAUUGGUUAUAUUGAUGUAUUGUUUAUUCAAAUUCUGUAUAUUUUUAUUUUUUAAAAAUGUAAUAUUUUUAUUUAUUUAUACUACGGAUAUAUUUUUGCUUUUAGUAUGUGGUCAACGGUGUGAGUGAUUUGGAUGGGUGCAGGGUUAGAGGUUAGAUCUAAUCCCAGUUUGGCCAAACAUUGUCAUCUUUUUUGCUGAUCUUUGUGUGUGUGUUUGUGCAUGUAUUUAUGCGUGUGUGUGUGUGUGUGUGUUUAUGCAUGUGUGUGCGUGUGCUCGUGUGUGUCUGUGUGUGCAUGUGUGUGUCUGUGUGUGCCUGUGUGCAUGUGUGUGCCUGUAUGUGUCUGUUUGUGCACGUGUGUGUCUGUUUGUGCACGUGGGUGUCUGUUUGUGCACGUGUGUGUCUGUUUGUGCACGCUAAAACAAAGGCUGUACAAAGAACUGAUGAUUCCUCUUUAAUCAGAUAAGUCGAUGUACACUGACAGUAGUUUGGGCCAUUUGUGAAGUGUCUGGUCUAAAUAUCUACCCUGUAAUUGUGAGGUUGAUGAGGAAGCUGUGAAAUGUGAUUAUAAUAAUUUAAUGGUCAAAUAUCAUUUUAAAACAACCUUCAGUUUAAUGGACAUGUAAAUGUUAAACCUUCCAUUUUGCUACCAUUUCAAAGCAAAGCCAAAUCCUGUGUGUGUGUGUGUGUGUGUGUGUGUGUGUGUGUGUGUGUGUGUGUGUGUGUGUGUGUGUGUGUGUGUGUGUGUGUGUGAGAGAGAGAGAGAGAGAGAGAGAGAGAGAGAGAGA